AUGUCAGGGAGUCACCUUCAAACGGAUCAGCUUCUAAUCGAGGAGAAGCCCCUUCAUGUUCCGCCCCUCGAGGAAAUUCAAAAAGUGAUACAGGGUGCCUUGUGUGCUAAUUUCAAGACUGUGGAAGUGGAGGUUUGUCCUUGUCCUGAUUUAAAGGCCAAGCCACUCUGUUUGGUGGAGAGUGGAUUGUGUGGAUGCCCCACCCUCCUAGAAGUGGGUAGUCCCAAAUACUUAAUACCCAUGGUCCAAAGAGAUAAGCUCUACAACAUUCCUGAGAUUAUUCGGAAAGUUCAAGGACCCGGAAGGAUAUUUGCAGUGGGAGCAGGAGCCGGUCCCUGGCCCUUUUUCAACUCCAACUGUGAAGGAAUCUUCAAUAUGUUAGUGGACAAGGACGACAAGCUGACCAAUGGGAGUUAUACAGCAACAGUUAGAGGCGAAAACGAGGAAUGUGUUCUGGAAAAGCUACCAGAUACCGAGCCACGUUGUGCCCUGCUCCUGAAUCUGUUCCUCAGUCAAGGACUACCAGGCAAAGUUAUAGGAAUCCAUGCCAAGCGGCGGAUCUGCAAGAAGAACUUUGUGGAAUGCAUUCGUACUGGUCUGGAGGAGCAUUAUGGCGAUAAAGUAGUGGGCCUGGGCGGGAUCUUCGUUAUCAAAAGGGGCUGUGCCAACCAGCAUGUGAUGCGGGACUUCAGCAAGUCACCGCUUAACUCCGAGGAGGAUGUCAACAAGUGGCUCAAGUUCUACGAGAUGCCGGCUCAGUUGAAUUGCCUGGGAACUAUGGUGACCAAGGAUCUUGACCUAGACCUGCGUCUGGAGCACUUCCAUUCCUUCUCCUUCAGCAACUGGGGUGGUCACUACCAUUACGAUACUACCCCAGAUAGUGUGGAAUACGAGGCAUAUCUGAAUGUGGCGGAGAGAGUGCUAAGAGUCGAUAGGCCCGUGAAAGUGUGA